CAGGAUGGGCCUACGCUAUAUUGAAGGGGAGAAGUAGUGCAACUACAACUCACUCAUGCUGUAUGCUAAAAUAAUAAAGGACACCAGAAGGGUCUUGCAGCAAACAAACAGAACUGAAUUUAUUGUCCAAGAGCAGCAGGAUUCCCAGUGGCAAAGGAACCAAAGAAAGGUCCAGGUUAUUUUACUACUAUGGCUGAACAAGAAGGUCCAGACAAACCACCUUUAAAUGAACAGCCUGUGGCUCCUUCUGCAUCUCAAGAUGAUGCUACAGUGGAAACAGCAGAAGAAGCGGUUGAACCUCCAGAGGCUGACAUCAAUGAGCUCUGCAGGGAUAUGUUCAGUAAAAUGGCACUUUAUCUCACAGGGGAACUAACAACUACCAGUGAGGACUACAAACUUCUGGAAAAUAUGAAUAAACUUACCUCUCUGAAGUAUAUGGAGAUGAAAGAUAUUGCUGGUAAUAUCAGUCGGAAUCUCAAAGACUUGAAUAAAAAGUAUGCUAGUCUGCAGCCCUAUCUUGAACAAAUAAAUCAGAUUGAAGAGCAGGUGGCCUCUUUGGAAAAUGCAGCCUACAAAUUGGACGCCUAUUCAAAAAGAUUAGAGGCAAAAUUCAAGAAACUAGAGAAACGAUGAAAGAACAAUUUUUAAUAGUGAAAAUAGAAAGCACUGCAAAAAGAGCAAACUCCAGUAUUACCUUCUGCAAACCGCAGCCCAAUAAGCCCCUGAUUCUACAAAGUUUUACUCUGCUCAUGUAAUAUAAACUUGAUAGUAAAAUAAAACAAACAUUCCUUUUCA